AUGAGUGACUCUGGAGAUGACGAUUACCAGGACGCACACGGCGAACACGUUGGGGCCAAGGACGACGCACGGGGCAACAAGAAACGCAAGAUUCAGCGAGGCGAGUUUUUGUCCUUGUUGACUGCGCAUGCGAGGCCCUGGGUCGCUGACAUUCUGCCCUCUCGGUCGCUCUCUCGACUUUUCACCCACCUUUACUCUCCUUUCUACACUUUUGGCUCGAUUCAUCACUCCUGGUUGCACAUUGCGACUGCCUGCGCUCCUCGCCACCAGAUCCGCUGCGAUGGGCCAACGAUGACAGAUGGAAAGUGCACAAACUGCAUCACAUACGGCUAUGACUGUACAUAUGUCGAAAUUGCAAAGAAACGAGGCCCACCAAAGGGUUACGUAGAGUCGCUCGAGAACAGACUCGAGAAGAUGGAGAAUUUGCUCAAGAGACUUGUGCCUGGCGCAGACUUUACUGCAGAGCUCGGGCCGCCCAUCGAACGCAACAUUUGGGCCAAGGAUCCCUCGGCCUUUCCUGCACGUGCAAAGGCCAUUACAGGUCCCCUCAGUGCAGAAACCGUGUCUACCCCGCUCAAUACGACCCCUCCGGCAAACGACGAAGACCCGACGGACAAUGGACCGUUUGGCAACUUUUCGAUCGCAUCCAUUUCAAACACCAUGUCCAAUCUCAGUCUCGGUACUGGCGGUCACUUUUUCGGUCGCUCGAGCGUCUUUAUGCACAUCCAAUCUGCUCUCGACCGCAAGUUUGAGUAUCUGGCAAGCAAGUCGGAUGGAGAAGUCGUUCCUUCCAUCGAAGAACUCUUUCCUCAUUUCAGACCCGAGUAUUGGCAACCAAACCCUUGGGAACUUCGCCAUCAACCAAAGCGCUCAUUGGCAGAGCUUGAAUUCCCGCCAGAUGACCUGCUGGAAAACUUGGUCAACAUCUACUUCCUCUCGAACAACUGCCAUUUUCCACUCCUCCAUCGACCGUCGUUUGAACAACGCUAUCGCGCCGGUCUGCAUCGUAUCGAGCAACCUUUUGCAGAAGUCGUGUUGCUUGUGUGUGCAGUAGCCUCGAGAUGCUGCGACGACCCUCGUGUCCUGCUGGAUCCUUCUGUGCCUCACUCGGCUGGUUGGAAGUAUUACGAACAGGUCAACGUGCUGGAUAGAAAUCUCGUGCUUCCACCGUCGCUCCUUGACCUCCAAAAGAUUACACUCGCUGCAUGGUACAUGCUCGAAUCCUCGUGCAACUAUGCCGCCUGGUCAAUCAGUGGAAUCGGUCUCCGACUCGCACAAGAUGUCGGUGCACACCGCAAAAAGGUGUACGGCAACCCAAUCUCUCCAGAGGACGAGUCGUGGAAACGUGCGUUCUGGUGCUUGAUCGCCGUCGACCGUCUUGCAAGUUCUACUAUGGGUCGCAUUCCAGCCAUUUACGACUCUGACAUCGACGUCGAUUUGCCACUCGAGCAACCAGUCGACAAGCCUGCACAGGCAUCGGCGUUCAUCAGGCUGCUCAAAUUGAGCUCCAUCAUUGCCUAUGCCUUGCAAACGAUUUAUGCUGUCAACAAGUCGCAAUUGAAAGGGACGACUGGCCCGUUGUGGGAGCAACAAGUACUUGCCGAGAUUGAUACGAUGUUGAGUAAAUGGGUCGACGAGCUUCCACCGCACCUUCAAUGGCCGAACCAGGGUGCAGAGCACCCCAUCUUCUUUACACAAUCUACGUCGCUCUACGCCAUCUUCUACCAUACGCAAAUCCUCGUUCACCACCCAUUCAUCCUGACGCCCAAACGACCAAACCCGACUACACCAUUCCCCUCUCAUCAGAUUUGUGUUAAUGCUGCUCGGUCGUGCUCACAUGUCGUCGAUGCAUACCGCAAGCGGUCAAUCUAUUUCGCACCUUGGUGUGUUGUCGGCGCCAUGUCGGCUGCCAUUGUCCUGUUGGAGAAUUUGUGGAUGGCUGGGACACCGUUUGGACCUGCGUCGGUGGAUAUUGCAGCAACGAUGGAUGACGUGAAGAAGUGCAGCGACGUGAUUGGCAUUGUCGAGAGGAGAUGGCCUUCGAUUGGCAAAAUGAGGUUUAGAUAUCAUCGCUUUCUUGCUGCUCCUGAUGGUACGGGCUUCCCAACACCUGACCAACGCGUGGUCGCACCCAAGCCGAAGCCAGUGGCUGGCGUGAAGCGUGGACGAGGAAAUACCGAAAGUAGUGGUAAAAGUGCUCGGAAGAGUUCGAAUGCAGCGACGGCUCAUGGCUCGGCUUCGCCACCACGUUAUGUUCCGACCCUCCCACCGAUGCGUCUUCGCAGAAGCGUACCCAAUGGUGCACACACUGCAGCCACAGCAGGUGCAGUAGGCAUGGGACCCGGUAUUCCUGGAGCAGCUGGAGCCGCAGGCGGACUCGAGUAUACUGCUUACCCAACGACACCUGCCAACUGGUAUGCUUCUGGUGCAGCGAAUGGGGGUGCUGGAAACCCCGGGCCGGAUGGUGCUGGACCAGGCGGUGCGUUUGGGUAUGGUGGUUAUGUUGCGUCUGGUGCUGCUUCUGCCGCUGGCGGGCCCGGUGGUCCUCCUGGAUCUGGACCACAUUCCGCUCAGGAGAGUUUUAUGCGCAGUGAUGGGUCGACGGGUGCGGUGCGUGGCUUGCCAAUGUGGAGUGGUCCACAGGCUGGAGGCGCGCCUGGUCAAGAAUACCACACUUGGGGAGCAGAUGAGUGGGCCUACCGCGGUGGACCCGACCCAGAAACCGCGCAAUGA